AUGUCUGAACUUGAUAUACUCAAUUUUACUUCGGUCAGUUUCGGUGCGAGCACUUUAUCGCAGGGUCUACGACUGAAGGCUCGUAAACUAAAAAUUAACAACCCCUGGUCAGCCUUGCUCGAGGAAUAUGAUCCAACAGAAUCAACGGGAAUUCUCGAUAUAUUUUCGGGCGAACAACUCGAGCAUUUGACUUUGCUAUCCACUACUUACUGUCCCGAAAUAUUGCGAUCUUUGACAGAUCAAUCCAAUUGUACCAGACUGAGGUUCCUUUGCUUGGACAUUCAAGUUAAGGACACAUCAGUGCUGAUUCCUUUCUUGGUAUCCUGUCCCGAAAUCGAAACUAUCGAUUUCACCCUUCGAAUUCCACCAUCUGAUUCGUAUGGAGUGCCAGUUCCCGAUACCAUCCCCUCUUACCUCCAGCUCCCGGACUCUGCGUUGGGGAAUCUGCGCUCGAUCUCUGGUCCAGCAGAUAUGAUCGUAGCUUUUGUCCCUGGUAGGCCGAUUCAAGAUGUAACCAUUAAAUGUGAGCGAGGGCAUUGUGGCCUCUACGUGGGGCGUUACGCACCCCUGGGACCGGCUCUUGCUUGCCUUUCCCAAAGUACAUUACCCAUAAAGAACCUAGUAGUCGAGGCUGAUGCGUCUGAGAAAAACUUGAUCAAUGUUAUCACAUCUAACCUCCCCGACCUUUCGCUGCUUCAGCUACAUUUGCAAAACAGGCAGGUCCCAAAACAACGCCUUUCUGACAGUAUCACUGGCAGGUUGCUCCAGAUAGCUAACGAAAUGGACGACGAUGUCGAACCAAUAGGUUAUUACUCCAAAUUUAUGUGGGACUUCGUACGCGAUAUCAAGUACAUGCUGUACCCUUCUCUGAGAGAGGUAACGUUGAUGGCGGGCGAAGACGAACCCGGUUCAGAGGCUUUUUCAUGGUACAAACCACCUGGAGGAAAAUGGUGUCUCCGUCAAAGUCGCCGCCGAUAG